AUGUAUCACUCAAAGAAAAAGAAAGACGGACUUCUAAGCUACCAAGAAGAUGCAUGCCAUGUAUAUGGCUUCGAGGUGGACAAACUACUUCAAGACCAUCACCCGAUCAAAGUUUAUCAAGUCAGAUCCAAACAAGACCACAACGUCAAGAAAGUCAUUAAAACUUAUUUCAAAGACAAUACUGAUGUUGACCAAAUAACCACAAGGCAAUUCAUGGCAGAAAUUUCAGUACUCACCAAGAUCCACCAUCCUUAUGUUAUGGGAAUGGAUACCAUGGGUAUCUUUCCUGGUUACUUCGCAUACGUGAUGCCAUUGUACGAAACAGGAACUCUGACCGAGGCGCUGCCGACCCUGAAUCAGGACAAGAGUGAUGAAUACCUUGUGCAGCUGUGUGCAGGACUUAAAUUUCUCCAUCGACAUAAAAUCGCUCACAGAGACGUGAAAACGGACAACGUUUUGAUCACAGCAAAAGAAAAGAGGGUGGUCAUUGCUGAUUUCGGUUUGUCGGAAAUCUUGCCCACUAUUGAUACGCCAGUGAGCACAAUAAAAGGAACCCAUAUGUACAUUUCCCCAGAACAGUUUAUCCAGAAAGAGUUCAACGCUUUUAAAUGUGAUAUGUACGCACUUGGUGUAGUCUACUGGUGUAUGAUUUUCAAAGUUGAUGUCUUUGAUUUAAAGAGCAGCGAGCAAAUGAAGGAAUCAGUCAAUACUUUGUGUGAUACUAGUAUAGACUGGCUGGUUUUGACUAAUCUUUUGGACCCUAGCCCUGUCGAUAGGUUAACCUGUUACAAUCUCCUCUGCGUACUGGAGCAGCCUGAAUAUCGUUUUACAGACAGCAUAGCCAGUCUUAGAGGUAAUGGAAAAAUAUUCCUAAACACGCUGGAACUUCGUAAAUACCAAGAAGAUGCAUGCCAUGUAUAUAACUUCGAGGUGGACAAAUUGCUUCACAAUCAUUUCCCGGUCAAAGUUUUCCAAGUCAGAUCCAAACAAGACCGCAACGUCAAGAAAGUCAUCAAGGCUUUUUUCAAAGACAACACUGAUGUUGAGAACAAAGUUGCAAAACAUUUCUUAUCGGAAGUUGCAGUACUCGCCACGGUCCGUCAUCCCUAUAUCAUGGGUAUGGAUAGUAUGGGGUCCUUUCCUCGGUACUUCGCUUAUGUGAUGCCAUUUUAUGAAGAAGGCACUCUGACCAAGGUACUGCCUUCCAUGCACCAGGAGAUGAGUGAUGAAUACUUUGUGCAGCUGUGUGCGGGAGUUAAUUAUCUCCAUAAAAAAAAAGUUGCUCACAGAGACUUGAAAACGGACAACAUUUUGAUCACAGAAAAGAAAGUUCUCAUUGCUGAUUUUGGCUUAUCGGAUAUCUUGCCCACUGAGGAUACAAUGGCGACCAAAAGAAAAGGAACUGUGUGUGACAUGUUCGCUCUAGGGGUAGUCUACUGGUGUAUGGUUUUCAAAGUCAAUGUUUUAAGUCAUGAGAUCGAGGAGCCAAUGAUGGAAACAGUCAGGAAUAGGUUGUCGCCUUCUAGUAUUGACAGACUCAUUUUGACCAAUCUUUUAGAAUAUAACCCUGCAGAGAGAUUAUCUAUCUUUGAACUUCUCUUCUUGAUGGAGGAAUCUUGUUUCUCACACAGGAUAGCCAAACUUAAAGAUUAUUAG